GGUGCGAGCCGAGAUGGGCCUGGUCCUCCAGGGAUGCCUGCUCCUGUGGAGUCUCCGAGGCGCACUCACCCAGGCCGCCCAUGCCGGGAUCACGGCCAGGGUCACUCAGCGGGCGCUGGACUAUGGUGUCCAAGCUGGGAUGGAGAUGAUGGAACAAAUUAUAAAAGAAAAGCACAUCCCAGAUUUAAAAGGCUCUGAGACGCUCGAAUUCCUGAAGAUCGAUUAUGUGAACUACAAUUUUUCAAAGUAAGUAAAAGAGCCCU